CCUCGCAGUUACCACUGUACCGCAGCCUGGCUGAAAAAGCUGCAGCGUCUCUGCACGCACCACCGCGGCUGGCUGCCUGUCAUCACCGGCGGCGUUUUGCAGCAAUAAUAUUAGGAACACACACCACCUGUAGGCAAAAUGGUUAACUUCACUGUGGAUCAGAUCCGAACCAUCAUGGACAAGAAGUCCAACAUCAGGAACAUGUCUGUGAUUGCUCACGUGGAUCACGGCAAAUCCACGCUGACGGACUCGCUGGUGUCCAAGGCGGGCAUCAUUGCCUCCUCCCGUGCUGGAGAGACUCGUUUCACAGACACGCGCAAAGAUGAGCAGGAGCGUUGCAUCACCAUCAAAUCAACGGCUAUCUCCAUGUACUAUGAACUCGGCGAGAAAGACUUGGCCUUCAUCAAACAAUGCAAAGACGGAAACGGCUUCCUCAUCAACCUCAUCGAUUCUCCCGGUCAUGUUGAUUUCUCCUCUGAGGUCACGGCAGCCCUCAGGGUGACCGACGGAGCCUUGGUGGUGGUGGACUGCGUCUCUGGGGUAUGUGUGCAGACCGAGACUGUCCUACGGCAGGCCAUCGCUGAGCGCAUCAAGCCGGUUCUGAUGAUGAACAAGAUGGACCGGGCCUUGCUUGAACUACAGCUGCAGCCAGAUGAACUCUUCCGCACCUUCCAGCGUAUCGUGGAGAACGUCAACGUCAUUAUUUCCACUUAUGGCGAGGACGAGGGAGGUCCUAUGGGCAACAUCUUGAUCGACCCUGUUAUAGGUACAGUUGGCUUUGGGUCUGGCUUACACGGCUGGGCUUUCACAUUGAAGCAGUUUGCGGAGAUGUAUGUGGCCAAGUUUGCUGCUAAAGGCGAGGCUCAGAUGAGUCCAGCAGAAAGGUGUAAGAAAGUAGAAGACAUGAUGAAGAAACUGUGGGGAGACAGAUAUGUUGAUCCAAAAACUGGCAAGUUUACUAAGACUUCUAACGGACCUGAUGGCCAGAAAUAUCCUCGCUCUUUUUGCCAGUUUAUUUUGGACCCCAUCUUCAAGGUGUUUGACGCCAUCAUGAAUUUCAAAAAGGACGAGACAGCCAAACUCAUUGACAAGCUGGAUAUCAAGUUGGACUCGGAGGACAAAGAGAAGGAGGGGAAGCCCCUGCUGAAGGCGGUGAUGCGUCGCUGGCUGCCUGCUGGAGAGGCACUGCUCCAGAUGAUCACCAUCCAUCUGCCCUCACCCGUCACUGCUCAGAAAUACCGCUGUGAGCUGCUCUACGAGGGGCCAGGAGAUGAUGAAGCCGCCAUGGGCAUUAAGAACUGCGACCCCAAAGGUCCUCUCAUGAUGUAUAUCUCGAAGAUGGUCCCGACGAGUGACAAGGGUCGUUUUUAUGCAUUUGGCCGUGUGUUUUCCGGCUGCGUGUCCACCGGCCAGAAGGUACGCAUCAUGGGGCCAAACUUCACUCCUGGAAAGAAAGAAGAUCUUUAUAUUAAACCCAUUCAAAGGACCAUCCUGAUGAUGGGCCGCUAUGUGGAGCCUAUUGAAGAUGUCCCCUGUGGUAACAUUGUAGGUCUUGUUGGAGUUGACCAGUUCCUGGUGAAGACAGGGACCAUCACCACUUAUGACCAAGCCCACAACAUGAGGGUGAUGAAGUUCAGCGUCAGCCCUGUCGUUAGAGUUGCCGUAGAGGCCAAGAACCCAGCUGACCUCCCCAAGCUGGUGGAGGGCCUGAAGCGCUUGGCCAAAUCUGACCCCAUGGUGCAGUGCAUCAUUGAGGAAUCGGGAGAGCACAUCAUCGCUGGAGCAGGGGAGCUGCACCUGGAGAUCUGCCUCAAGGACUUGGAGGAGGACCAUGCCUGCAUUCCACUGAAGAAAUCAGACCCAGUUGUGUCUUACAGAGAGACAGUGACAGAGGAAUCAGACCAGAUGUGUCUCUCCAAGUCCCCCAACAAGCAUAACCGCCUCUUCAUGAAGUCCCGUCCUUUCCCAGAAGGCCUCGCUGAGGAUAUCGAAAAGGGUGAUGUCUCGGCUCGGCAAGAGCUCAAGGCUCGCGCGCGUUACCUGGCUGAGAAGUAUGAAUGGGAUGUGGCCGAGGCCAGGAAGAUCUGGUGCUUCGGUCCAGAUGGCAGCGGGCCCAACCUGCUCAUAGAUGUGACAAAGGGGGUCCAGUACCUCAAUGAGAUUAAGGACAGCGUGGUGGCUGGUUUCCAGUGGGCUACUAAAGAGGGUGCGCUGUGUGAGGAGAACAUGCGCGCGGUCCGUUUUGACAUCCACGAUGUGACACUGCAUGCCGACGCCAUCCAUCGUGGGGGUGGACAGAUCAUUCCCACAGCCCGCAGGGUUCUGUACGCAUGCCAGCUCACUGCUCAGCCUCGCCUCAUGGAGCCGGUGUACCUGGUGGAGAUACAGUGUCCCGAAGCCGUGGUAGGUGGGAUUUACGGUGUGCUGAACAGGAAACGAGGUCAUGUGUUUGAGGAAUCUCAAGUGAUGGGGACCCCCAUGUUUGUGGUGAAAGCCUACCUGCCUGUCAACGAAUCCUUUGGGUUCACUGCUGACCUGCGCAGCAACACUGGAGGCCAGGCCUUUCCUCAGUGUGUGUUUGACCACUGGCAAAUCCUCCAGGGGGACCCCAAAGACCCCACCAGCAAACCCUUCCUGGUUGUUGCAGAAAUUAGAAAACGCAAAGGUCUCAAGGAGGGUAUCCCCGCUUUGGACAACUACUUGGACAAAUUGUAAGGAAAAAAACCCAACAACCUGACCCUGGAUUUUACGUAUGUUCAACUUUUUAGCACUAAAUCCCGUGGGCACUUUAAUAAUCUUUGCACAGGCUAAAACGUUUGCACAAAUGGUUUGAUUCAAAGACGGGAAAAUAAAUAAAAGCUUAAGCUUGUGUUGUUGGCUAGCGGGGGCAGUGAUGCUUACUUUCAUUUCACAGCGACAGUACACCAAGUGCCUAGGCCACGCGUUCUGGGAAUAUUGGAGUAAAGCCGUUGAAAUAUCAAUUUAUUGUUUCUUUUAGUCUUUUACAUCACCCCUUUUCCCAGUUUUAUCUGACACAAUGGCUCUGUAUGGUGCACUGUGAUAUCGCUGCAAUAAUAUUGCAAGCAAGAAUGUUCAAGCUAAAAUCUCCUGGUUGAACUUCAUAAUGAAUAAAACAUUCAACUGCAGA